AUGUCUGCCCUGCUAAAAUCCCACGACCUACUCCACCACUAUCUCGGUAAUAGUCUUGACCCACUCCUCUCCUAUAUCAACUCCUCGCUCCUCACAAAGGCCCUUCUCGCUGUGCUCGUGCUCAGUAUCCUCCGCUCCGCCAACCGCACCCUUUCAAGCCUGGUUGUGAACAAUUGGCAAAGACAGCGGCCAUGGGACAACAAGCGCGAACUCGUGCUCCUGACAGGCGGGUGCAGCGGCAUUGGAAAACAGAUUAUGCUUGACCUCGCACAGAAGGGGGUUAGAGUUGUCAUUUUAGACGUGGUUGAGCCGAGCUUUAAGCUGCCUCCCAACGUGUUCUUCUACGCAGCUGACGUCACCUCGACCGCCAUCAUCAAAGUUGUCGGUGACGCCAUCCGCGCCGCGCACGGCGACCCGACCGUGCUGAUCAACAACGCCGGCGUGGGCUAUGGGGCCACCAUCCUCGACGAGCCCGAGGAGCGCAUCCAGCGCACCUUCCAGGUCAACACCAUCUCGCACUUCUGGAUGGUGCGUGAGUUCCUGCCGGCCAUGAUCCGCGAGAACCACGGCCACGUCGUGACGAUGGCCAGCAUGGCGUCGUUCAUCGCGGUGGGCGAGAUGGCGGACUACUGCGGCUCGAAGGCGAGUGCGCUGGCGUUCCAUGAGGCGCUGACGCAGGAGUUGCGGCUGUGGUAUAACGCGAAGAAGGUGCGCACGAGCAUCGUGCAUCCGCUGUGGGUGAGCACGCCGAUGAUCGAGCAGCUGACGAGGCCCGGGUCGGUGUUCAGUAUGCCUGUGAUGACGGUUGACGUGGUCUCCAGCGCGGUCGUGAAGCAGGUCUUGUCGCAGCGGAGCGGGCAGGUUAUUGUUCCGUCGUCGCGGUCUGGGGUUAGUUUGCUGAGAGCGUUCCCAACAUGGUUGCAAGAGAGGGCGAGGGGUGUGUGCUCAAAGGAAUUGAAAGCUGUAAGUGAUGCAGAAGCAAAGCUGAAGUGA